AUGUCUGUCACGUCAACACCUACCUACGUGGUCAAGCAUGUCUACUUUGUCACCAGUCACCCAUCAUCCACUCACGAGAUUCCCGAGCAUUCGAACAACUUCCUGCUCAAUUUGAUCCACUCUUCAACAGAUCCCACAUCUCAUCAUUGCAUCCCACCACCCAGUCCAGUGCCGGAACCCACUAACCUACUACACUCUUGCAGACCACACCACCCCGUGCCUCACUACCUUCUUCGACAGUCGCCAGGCGAGCUAGAAAUACAAUCCUCUGACACCAUACUUCUCAGCACCAGCAGGCGGUGUGUUGGGUUUUAUGAUCAGGGGAUCCCGGUUUCUGGUACCUGGCACUGUGACAUCACUGAAGAACCAUCGUCCUCGACAGUCACCACGAGACCGCUAGAAAUACAUUCUCUGACACCAUACCCUCCGGCACCAACAGGCGGUGUGUUGGGCGGUAUGAAUCAGAGAAUCUAUGUUUCUAGUACCUGGGACUGUGAUAGCAAUGAAGAACCAUUAUCCUCGGAUUCUGGUAUAUCAGGGCUGUCCACUGCGAGUGACUUUCGUAUAUCAGUGUGUCUACGCGAGUUGAUUCUGGUAUAUCAAUGCUGCCCAUUGCGAGUUGACUCUGGUAUAUCACUGUUGCCCCAGCGAGUCGCGAACAGUCAUUUCUCAGCACUCCGCACUCAGCAACUAGCAACCACCAAUCUCUCAGUACCUCCAACUUUGGGUCACACCAAAUCCCAACAAAAGACCACAACAAUCCUUGAUGAAAUGGUACCAACGAUCCCACAUCCGAGACGCAAAAUCUCAGCACUUGUCACUUUCAUCAACAUGAACUUUCACUCUUUACUGCUGAGCACUUCCCACUGGACUGGGUUGGCACACUGA